AUGGCUGAUCACGUAGCGCCAGAAAUCCGCGAAAAGGUCCGGAACACUGUGAAGCCAGACGACCACACGAGCUGGGAUCUCCUCUGGAAACAGAACGUCACUCCCUGGGACGCUGGAGAAUCACAACCUUCCCUCAUCGAGUUGAUUGAGGAAUCUGGGAUCGAUUUCCCAAGAAACGGAAAGGCACUUGUACCCGGUUGUGGGACAGGGUAUGAUGUCGUUUAUCUUGCAGGCGCCCUAGGUCUGCAAACCUUUGGAAUGGACAUCUCGGAGUCCGCUGUGGAUGCGGCAAAUCGUUACCGAGACGCCAGUGGCGCGCCAGGCGCCGACAAGGUCGUGUAUCUGAAGGACGAUUUCUUCAAGUACAAGGUGUCGGAUGACGACCGUUUUGAUCUGAUUAUGGAUCAUACAUUCUUCUGUGCUAUACCGCCCUCGCUACGCCCUGAGUGGGGUCGUCGGAUGGCGGUGUUGAUCAAACCGGGAGGAUACCUCAUCACGAUCUGUUAUCCGAUGCUUCCAAAAGUGGAGACUGGACCACCGUACUACCUUCGUCCAGACCACUAUGAUGAACCGCUGAGCGGGGCGUUCGAGAAGGUAUACGAUAAAGUGCCCCUCAAGUCGUCGGAGAGCCAUAAGGACAAGGAGCGGAUGUUGGUCUGGAAGCGGAAGUAG